AGUUAAGUUUAAUAAUUAGCUUAUAUUAUUCAACCAGUCUGAUGUCGUUUGUAAAGUGUUUUUCCAAUCUUCUUUCGUUUAAGGCGCUAGUUAUCCAUACUCUGGAGAAAAUGUUUCAUUUAAGAGAUGAAUCAUUUGCGGUUCGGUUCGACUGAAUCACAAAAAAGAUCCAGUUCAAAAGAAUUAUUCUUUCGCGAAUCGGACAUCACUCCAGACUAGGGGUCGAGCGUAGUGAGCAUGUAUUUAUUAACACAUCCCCGGUGAGCAUCCUGAGCCGGUCUGUUGCACACAGUCAGUGUGGGGUGUCGAUAUUUUAUCAAGGUCUUUUACUUUUUACAUUAAUGUAAUAUCGCGAAUUAAAGAAACAGCCUCCCGUUGGAUUUGAUGUCCCUGCGACUGCAAGCUUGAGAGAGAAAUGGCUGUGAAACCGAAGCAUUAAGCAGUGGGCGACUCAAUCUUUAGGUCUCAUUUCACAUCUCUCCUCCUCCCUCUCUGUCUGGCUGAAGUGGUGAAGAUGCUCUGUGGGGUUUAAUAGAGAACAGCAUGGACGAGGCUGCCAGCCAGCUGGAGAGAGACCAUGUUCACAGCGUGUACGAGAGGAUCGCACCCUACUUCAACGACAGCCGCUACAAAGCUUGGCCCAAGGUCAAACAGUUUCUGCUAGAGCAGGAGCCCGGCAGCAUCGUGGCGGAUGUCGGAUGUGGCAAUGGCAAAUAUCUGCACAUCAAUGAUGAUAUCUUUAAGUUGGGCUGUGACGUGUGUCGACCAUUGGUGGACUCUGCGUGGGGUCGAGGUCACGAGGUGCAGCUUUGCGAUGGCCUGCGUUUACCCUACAGAGAUGGCUGUUUUGAUGCAGUGCUCUCCAUUGCAGUCAUCCACCACAUGUCCACCAAAGAACGACGUGUCCGAGCAAUAAAAGAGAUGGCACGCACCCUGCGUGUGGGAGGGCGGAUCAUGAUUUAUGUUUGGGCCAUGGAGCAGAAGAGGCGCAAGUUUGAGAAACAGGACAUCUUCAUUCCCUGGAACCCCAAUCCUCCUUUAUCUCCCGCCCUCAGACAGCGAGGCAAUGGAACCCAAAGCGUCAGCGAUGACUCCGCUUCCAGUGACAAGCACAGAAAAGUGAGAAGCAUAUCCUCCAUGGUGGAUGAAGGAGACUUGAUCAGCCCCGGGCAGCAGAAACAACAGAGGCUUUGGUUCUUCUCCAGAUCUUUGGAUUCAGUGCUGGACUUCACCAGCCUGACUGUGUCCCGCUCCUCUUCCAGCUCUUUACAAACCCCUGUCGACGAAGCAUCGGAAAGCAGAAGCCGGCGAACUAGCAGUAGAGGUCUCAUCAGGCAGAUGUCCAGCCUCUUUUCAUCCUCUUCCAGAACCAGUCUAGAAGAAGACGUCUUCAUCUCAGACCCCAACGAACAGGUCCAUAAAAAUGACAACAGAAGUUCUGGGAAUGGAAAUGAGACUGUUCCUGUGGAGCUCGUCCAUGAUUGUUCUGCAGUACCAUUGCCUGACUUGGUGUCCUACCAGAGGGAUCAGUCAACUUGUGAAGGAAACGUGGAGGUAGAUGGUACACUGAGCCAACAAGAGCCCUUGCAGAGGCAGGAAAGCACAGCGUCUCUUCUGGAAAGUGAUGGGAUGAGUGGACAGAGCAGCGAACAGCUGAAGGACUCUUGUCUGAGAUACUACCACGUAUUCAGGGAAGGAGAACUGACACAGUUGAUCCAAAAUCAUGUUGAUGAGCUCCAUGUUUUGCACACUUACUUGGAUCACGCCAAUUGGUGCGUAGUGGCUGAGAAGGUUCAAGUCUGGAAGGUUUAAGUUUCAUUUUUUAAAUGUUUUCAUUAAUAAUAUCCGUUUUGAGGUCUUUAAAAGUUUUAGUUGGAGAUUUUAAGUAUUGGGACCAGAGAGCUAAUAUUAAGCUAACAUUAGCUGUUCAGUAUCAAUGGCAAUAACAAGCAAGGUAUUGAUGCUUUGACGAGACCAGUGUUGGUCCAAGUCGUAACUUUAAAAUGUGCAAUUCGAACUUGAGAUUUAGUCUCCAUUCUUUGUGAUGUCUUAAGUUUUGAGUUGAAAAUAAUUGACUUCACUUGCACUGAUUUUAAUGGUGUAUCACUAUUAACUGUCUUAAGCAUUGCCUGCCUGAAAAAGAAAGCAUAGCACAUCAUUUUUCUGAACCAAACAAUGUGAGCACAUAACUAGCGUUUUCUUAUUGAACGCUCUUCAGGAGUUUGUCUGUGUAGGUGUUGUGUUAGUAUUAGCUGUUGUGCUGUGCUCUGAAGCUUUUAAACAAGAUUUGAUCUAGUCGACAGCUUGUUAAUUGAUUGCACAUGAUUUAUGUUUGUAUUGGUGUAACCUGACCAUGUCAAAUUGUCACAACAAAGGUCUUUCAUUUUCCUUUAAACUUGAACCAUUUUUAUGUGUAUUUUUGACGUAAAUACAAUAAAAGCACUCUAUUUAGUUUUAUCUGACCCAUUGGUGCA